AGACAAUGCCCAUUCCUCCAAUAUAUUCCGUCCCCUCCGUCCAUGAAGUGAGCCUUUAUUAGUGAGGAUCGUUUGGAUCUUAUCUUCCACAUGACACGCGGCGGAUGAGGAGGAAUCAGAGCGACGAGGCGGGGGGGAUUUAUCUGCGAUCUGCCCGACUCCCGACCUGGAAGAGUGUCGCUUAUCUCCAGCCUCUUCAUCCCCAUCUUCCACAGGCGGACGGACCAGUAGCCUCUCUAUCAGCCCAGCUCAUCCAUUGUCUGAAAUCCAACCGAGGACCGGCUGAUCCCCUCUUAUCGUCACCCUGAUCGGGUUUUUUUGGUUUGUUUUUAAUCUUCACAUUUUUCUGCACAUUUCCUGAACUGAUCCCAGGAAGACUUCCGGUCCGUUUUCAAAGCGUUCUGUGAUGCAAGUUUCCAUCAGGAAAAAGUGAAAAAGUACUUUCUCUCUGCGUUUUUUUCUCCACCUCCUUCAGCCUGAAUGUUCGUCUCUUUGACAUCUGAUGCUCGUUCGGCUCGUGGAAUAUGAGUUAAUUGGGAGUUGGGUUAAUUAAACAAAGAACCAAAUUUCCUCCCAACUCUCUUUCAAGGUUUCCGAGGAGGAUCGCCCGCCAACACUCGGAGAGUAAAAAUGAUGCUGAGUCCGGAUCAAGCCGAGGCGGACCUGUCGUGGACCCAGUCCGACCCGGAGUCGAUGCUCAACGGCCUCAAGUCGGCCGGCUGCACCUCGGACGAGCCGACCGAGGGCGAGGAGCAGCGGGCCAAAUGCAAAGCCGAGCAGCCGCUGAGCAGGGAGGAGAAGAGGAGGCGGCGGCGGGCCACGGCCAAGUACCGCUCCGCGCACGCAACCCGGGAGCGGAUCCGGGUGGAGGCGUUCAACGUGGCCUUCGCGGAGCUGCGCAAGCUGCUGCCCACGUUGCCCCCGGACAAGAAACUCUCCAAGAUCGAGAUCCUCAGACUGGCUAUUUGUUACAUCUCCUACCUGAACCACGUGUUGGAUGUUUGAGUGGGAGCGGACGGACGGGCGGACUGAUGCGGGAGAUUUCUACAGAACGCGCAGUAUUUUCUAAGCCUUUCACAGAUGAUACUUUGGGCAGACAUGCUACACUGAAAAAACCCAACUUAGAAUUCAACCAAUAAAAUUGGAGAGACUAUUUAGUUGGGUAGAGUUAUUAUCACUUCUGAGUCCAAAUUUUUCUAACAGCUGAACAAUGAUUAGUCACUUUGCAAACCAGAAAAUACUGAAAUUCUAACUAACUCCUAUGAGAGUUUAAUUCAACCCAUGAUAGCCUUACUGGUCUCUGCGCAGAAUGCAGAACGAAUAAAAAGAAGAAAAUGUAUCUUUGAAUUCAACAGGUAUUAAACAUUACAUUUGAAACCACAUACGUUGAAUAAAUUUAAUUAAUAUCCCCUAAAAUUAAUUUUUGCAGUGGUACAACAUUUACAGUCUUAAAGAACUUUUGACCUUUUAUGUUUUUGACAGUUUUCCACUGAAACAUGUGAAAGUCAUCUUAAUUACGUAACCAUCCAUUUUCUUCACUAUUUUUCUUCAAAUAGUGAAAAAUCAGUUAAAUAAUAAAUAUUUCCUCUCAUCCUGUUUGAUGAGUUAGGGAGAGACCAGAGCUGAUUAUCGAGGCCUUUUCAGCUCUGGAAUCAAUAAAAAUAUCAUGCAUAAUUCUGACAAAACAAAACUGCACAAGUUAAAUAAAAUUGGUGCAAUUGUUUGGAUUUAUAUAGUAGAUCAAUUUUAAACAGUAUUUCUGUUGGGAAAUAUAAGUUAGACUCUAAUUUAGCUUUUAAGAUCAUUUUGGUGAUCUGAUUAAAAGUUGCCCUGAAAACUACAACUGCCUCAGGUUUGCAAAACUCCACUUGCUAGCAACUUUGACUUUAGCAUUAGCGCUGCUGCUAAACUACUUUGAUCUGGACACAAUUUUAAAUUUUAAAUUCCUGCUCGAAAUAGAACGUAAGCAAUAAAACUCCUUAAUUAAACUUUAGAGAAUUAUUUUGAAGCAAAUUUCACUUUUUACAGUACGCGUUUCUCCUGUUUUCACUGUGUCAGGCUGUGGGGGGGCAUUUUUCACAUCAAAAUGAAGGGAUGUAAACAAGAUAGCUGCUUUAGAUCUUAUAGUUUAGAAGAUGUUUUCCUAAAAAGGAAAAAAAAAAUAAUUCAAUGCGUCAAGUGCUACUUAUGACAUGAGAAAUUGUGACCUUAAUCAUUUUAAAGUGUAUUUAUUUAUUUAUUUAUUUAUUUAUUUAUUUAUUUAUUUAUUUAUUUAUUUAAUUGAGUUAAUAUUAUUGCUAAUUUAUUAUGCGGAUUACAGGUCUUUCUUUCUGUAUAAAUGUAUAUUGUUUGUUGAUUCAAUAUAUUUUUAGGCUGUGAAAUUGAACGUGGUAAGUAAUGAUGUUUUCCUGUUUAAAAAAGAAAAAGAAAAAUGGCACUUUCUGUUAAUCCACUGCAUCUCCUGUUUGCUUUUAAUGUAUGUUCGAUGUCUCCUUGUUUUGCUUUGAUAAUGUCUGUUAUCGAUCGAUGGCAACGAUGAGCACUUGAACCGUGGGGCCCCACGGCCCCGUAGAUGUUUGCUUCCCUAAAAUGUUGUGUUGGGACGUCAUUCAGUUUUCAGAUUAGCCUGGUUUUUCUGUCAGUUCAUGACAAUAAGAGGUUCUGUUGUGAUUUCCAGAAUGAAACCUCUUCUUUUGCUGUGACCAAAAACAAAGUCUGAAUUUACUCUCUUCGGUGUGCUGAUGUUAGGCUCUUAUUUUAGAAAACAUUUAUUUAUUUGUCUCUUCUUUGUAUCCUGAAAAUUCCAAUAAGUAAUUUUAUAGCAGAAGGAGAAAAAAAACAUAUCCUCUAUCCAAAGAUUUUUUUGUCUCUUCAGGGUUGUGUAGAUUUGUUGCUUUAUGCAGAUUUUUUAGUAGAGUUAUCGUGUGACAGCUGGUUUCUAAUGGACAGACUUUUUUCAUAUUUUCCGGUGUUAUUUUUAAUUAAAAACAAAUGCUAAAGAAAGACUCCCUUUCCUAUGUUGGAAUACAUUUAAAACAUUUCAGUUCAUUAAAUAUAUAAGCUAACAACAUGCUAGCUGAGACAACAAUGCUGUAUGGCAAGCCAUUAGUGACAAAUAUUGGGACUCCCAAACUAUCUGUCGUAAAAAAACUAAUUUAGUAAGUCAGGACAUCGUAAAAACCUCAUUUGUAACUGUUUUAUGUCUCUAAGUGGUGCUAUGAAUGCCCUCUUUUGAAAUUUGCAAUAUUUUGUUGCAUAAAGGCCUUUUUAUGAGUGGCAAAAUAAGUGGCAGCCAAUCCAAACCCACUCCUGC